AUCUGUGGAACAGGGAAGUGAAAGUUAGCUGCAGUGCGUCGUUCAUUGUUGAUCAGUGUAAUCAUUACACUGACACCUCAUUAGUUACAAUAACUCAUGAACAGCUGGUGCUACUUUACUCUUUCUUGGUUAGCUAAACGCGGCCGUACCGACUUCCUGUUUGACUUUGGCGGAAAAAAACUGUCCCAUUGAGGUGAUAAAUAAGAAGAUGACUGAAGGUAAUGGCAAGGCGGUUUACUGGAUCAUUGCCUCGACUUUCAUAGUAAAUUUAGCUCAAACUUUAGCAGCUGGGGAGCCUCAUGUCGUGUUUAUCCUGGCUGAUGACUUCGGCUGGUACGAUAUCGGCUACCACGGCUCCGAGAUCAGGACGCCAAACCUGGACAAGCUAUCGGCCGGAGGAGUUCGCCUGGAGAACUACUAUGUGCAGCCUCUGUGCACCCCCUCCAGGAACCAGCUCAUGACCGGGAGGUAUCAGAUCCACACCGGUAUGCAGCACCAGAUCAUCUGGCCCUGCCAGCCGUACUGCGUUCCUUUGGAUGAGAAACUGCUGCCUCAGCUCAUGAAGGAGGCGGGGUAUGCCACACACAUGGUCGGCAAGUGGCACCUGGGCAUGUACAAGAAGGACUGCCUGCCCACACGCCGUGGCUUUGACACGUACCUUGGUUACCUGACAGGUGGUGAGGAUUACUUCACUCACUUCCGCUGUUAUCAAAGCCCCUCGCUGAACCUGAGCCGCUGUGCGUUGGACCUUAGAGAUGGGGAAGAGGUCGCCACAGGAUACAAAGGGGUCUAUUCCACUGAGCUGCUGAGCCAGAGGGCCAUCAGCAUCAUUGAGAGACACAACUCUCAAAAGCCACUCUUCAUGUAUGUGGCGCUGCAGGCGGUCCAUGCACCCCUGCAGGUGCCAGAGCGCUACGUGACUCCCUACAGUUUUAUCACAGACACCAAUCGCAGGCUCUACGCCGGCAUGGUGUCAGCUAUGGAUGAGGCGGUGGGCAACAUCACCCUGGCUUUACAGAAAGAGGGACUCUGGAACAAUACGGUCCUUGUGUUCUCAACUGAUAAUGGAGGUCAAACGCUGUCUGGUGGCAGCAACUGGCCUCUGCGAGGGAGGAAGUGGUCACUAUGGGAAGGAGGAAUCCGAGGAGUUGGAUUUGUUGCCAGCCCGUUACUGAAACAGCCGGGUACCGUGAACCGUGAGCUCAUCCACAUCUCCGACUGGCUGCCUACACUUGUUGGCCUGGCAGGAGGAAGCACCACAGGCACGAAGCCGCUGGACGGCUUCGAUGUGUGGAACGCGAUCAGCAAAGGGUUUGCCUCACCCAGACUGGAGCUGCUGCACAACAUCGACCCUCUGUAUAAUGACAUUGCUCCAUGUCCUGGCAGGCAGCGCGAGUUAACUUUGGCUCAGGUGGCCAACUCCGGCUUCAAUGUGUCCAUUCACGCAGCCAUUCGAUCUUCAAAGUGGAAGCUGCUGACUGGGUACCCAGGAUGUGACGUUUGGUUCCCCCGACCUGACGGCAACACCUCCGACUCAAGCUCCUCUGAGGUGGAUCAGCUGAAGCCUGUCAUGCUGUUUAACAUUGAAAAGGAUCCAGAAGAGAGAAAUGAGGUGUCUGCUCAGUUCCCCAAGGGGUUGGUUAUUUUGCAAUGCCAAGGAUGAUACUCAGAGGGGGACUGCUGGGGUCGUAGGAGGGUGAACAGCCAGGUGAGUUGCUGAGGUGAUUAUUUCAGAAGGAACUGGUCAGCUCAAGAGACAGGUAAGUAGUCCUGGUAAGAGAACUGCUCUUCAGCCACACAGGGAAUACCGGGAAGCUACAACAUCAGUUCGCAGGAACGCAGGGGCACAAUAAAUCUCAGAGACAGGCAGAGAAGCUGAGUGCUGGAGGUGGUCCUUGUAUACUGGCUGCUGAUGAGGCUGAUUGGGUUGACAAGACUCCAACACAACCUCGGCCGAAGCACCAGAACAAAAGCAAACCAGUGCAGCACUUUCUGAAUUGUUUGAAAGCACUUCAUAAAUAAACUUUAUUACUUGCAGUACUGUGCAGUAUUUCAUUGGUUCAAAUUGUGGCGCCUGCUGCUAGAGGAGCCAAAACUUUAUCAGAAACUUUCAUGCAAUUUGUGAUAUGCUAAUUAUUGUUCACGUUGAUUUUCUGUUGGAUGUUGUUCAGAUUGGAUCUAUGUAUCCACUUUAAAAAACAUGCACAAUAUAUUCUGUAACUCCAAGCUUUGUAGUUAUAAAAGUAGAUACCCAGGUACAGUUCAAAUAUGGGCUUAUAAUGAAUUAGAACACAGAUUAUGAGAUUUAUCCUGUUUUUAAAAGCUUAAGCUCAGCUCUUGGCUUUAAGAUUUAGCAAUACACUAUGUGCCAUUACAAAUAAAAACGACUUACUGUUUACUUUUUUUCUUUCUUCCUGCAUUGUCACACAGCUUAGUUUACCUUGUAUUUAUUUUGCAAAUAUACCAGAAACAUUCUUACAUUUUCCCACCUUUUUCCCUUAUACUGUGUCCUCCCUGGAAUUAACGCCUUGUCGCAGUGUAUGCUAAGGAAGUACACAGUAAUUUGUGGGCUGCUAUUUAUAGAAAAAACAAAGCCUCUAAAUGUAACUUCUUAAUUGCUGCUUCUCAUACAGGAUUUUGCACUGAACAGACU